UCCGGGUCAAAGACUCGUGUGUUUCCGGUGUGAACUCCGGUGAACGCUGUAAACACGAGUCAUUAACGCGAGAAAAUGAACGUCAGCAUGUUUAAAUGCAUCGUCUCUGCGUGUCCGAACCGCACCAGGCCGGUGAACCGGAUCAUACACCGACCACCGAAGAGGUUUUUCAACUUCCCCAAAGACCCGGCGACAGUGAAGGUGUGGUUGGCGGCUCUGAGGGAGCUGGACAAACACGACGGGACAGAGCAGCACGUCAUCUGUGAGGACCACUUCCUGCCAGAGGACAUCUCUAACAACAAGGUCAAGAAAGACGCCAUUCCCAUCAUGCCCCCGUACCUGGACGCCCCGCUGGGCCUCAUGAGUCCCUGGAGAGCUGAGACCUCGGAGGAGGAGGAGGAGGAGGAGGAGGAGGAGUGGACCACUGGAGGCUGUGGAGAUGAUGAUGAAGGUGGAGAUCAUCCACAGCAGGGUUCUGGAGCAGGUCCAGAGAAUCCUCCAGCAGCUCAGAACAGUUCUGCGGAGUCACAGGAAAAACAGUCGACUGCAGAUGACAGAUAUUCAAGAUAUGACAUGUCUUGGACGACGCUGACUCGGCGUUUCCUGGAGAUGCUGCAGACCGCUCCUGAUGGUUCACUGGACGUUUGGAAUGCAGCUGAGAGUCUUCAGACCUGUAAACAGAGAGUCAGUGACCUGACCAACAUCCUGGUCAGCUUCAAACUGCUCCAGAGGGAUGCGUCCAACACGGUCAAGUGGACAGGGAAGGUUCCGAUCUCCAGCCUCCUUCAGAACAGAGAGCAGAAGAUCCAGAGAGAGCUGAAGAAGCUGAAGCAGGUGGAGGACACGCUGGACGGUCUCAUCAAAAGCUGCGCUCAGCAACUCUUUGACAUGACGGACGACGUGGACAGCUCUGCGUCAGCGUACGUGACUCACCACGAUAUCAGUCAACUCCGAGUCCUGCAGGAACAGACGCUUGUCAUCAUCAGAGCUCCAGAGGAAACUAAACUGGAGGUUCCUGCUCCCACAGAGGACAGUGUUCAGAUCCACCUGAAGGCAGGACGGGGGCCCAUCAUGAUUAUGACCUGUGAGGUUGGGUCAGGUGAAGCUGUGACCUUUGACCCUGGACAGACAGGAAGUGGCUUCUUCUUGACGCUGGAGGAGAGUCGGGUCAGGACGACAUCACUGCACAAAGAAUGUUGACCCUCAGCCCGACCACCAGGAGGCGUCCUCUGUCCUCGUGGUCCAGACGACUUCCUGUGCAGGUGGCGGGCAUGUCGCCCACGUCAUGUGACUCCGGCACUUGUGUGGUGGCGAGUGGGUGGAGUCCCGAACAGCGAAUUCGUCCACCACUUCAUUGUGAUUCUUUGUCUAAAUAUUUAAUAUCUCCUGAUUCUUCUGACUCAGAAUUGAACAUAAUUCUGGUGUAAAUCAUGUAAAUGUUGUGUACAUAAAUAAACUCUUUUUUCUCAUA